UGAUGGAAAGUAAAAGAAUUAAUCAAAAUCCUCAUCUGCUCCAUUUCUGAGCGUACUGAAAGUUACAAGCACACACAGAGAAGAAGAGAAGAAGAGAAGAAGCAAGAUGGCGUCAUCUCGUCCCCCUCCUUCGAAAUCCGUGGAUCUGGACCUAACAAUCGUGUCGGCGAAGCACCUGAAGAACGUGAACUGGAAGAACGGCGAUCUGAAACCCUAUGUGGUUUUCUGGGUGGACCCCGAGCGGCGCCUGGCCACGAAAUCCGACGACUCCGGCAACACCUCCCCCGUCUGGAACGAGCGUUUCGCCCUCCCUCUCCCUCUCCCCCUCCACGACUCCUUCCUCACGCUCGAGAUCUUCCACUCCAAACCCUCCGACACCCCCAAACCCCUCGUCGCCACCCUCCGCCUCCCCCUCAAAGACCUCCACGACUCAACUCGCCUCCGCAAGUUCCCCCUCUCCCGCCCCUCCGGCCGCCCUCACGGCAAGAUCCACCUCAAACUCGGCCUCCUCGGCCGCCCCCAAUUCGAUUACGCCUCCCUCAACACUAACCCUAACCCUAAUUUCGUCUGCUACAGAGGAUACACCCCUUCCCAUUCCCCUUCUCCACCAGCCUCUCCUUACACAUCAUACACCUCUUACACUGACUCCUAUUCUAAUUACUACCCCGCUUACUAUUCUGGCGCUCCUCCCCCUCCCCCUCCUAGACCCUUCUUCGACCGUUACGCUGGGCCCAGUGGGCCUUCUGCUCCGCUUGAUUACUCCUCCACUUAUGACCCCAUGCCCAAGCCUCCCAAAAUGGGCCUCGGCGCUGGCCUCGCCAUUGGCGCUGUUGCUGGGGCUCUCGGCGGGCUUGCUCUCGACGAGGGCCUUAACUACGAAGAGGACAAGAUCGCCGAGAGGGUCGAGAACGACGUCGCUGCUGCUGCGCGCGACGAUUACAGCGAUUACCGAGUGGAUUAUUGAACUCUCACUACUACCGGUGUUGUCUUGAGGUUUGAAAUUCGAAGGGUAUUUCGAUUCGGAUUCGGAUUCGCUCUAAUGUUAUUACAGUAUAUAGAUAUAUGUCUAUGUAUAUAGUUUGACUUGGUGUUGAAUACGAAUGAUGCAUCGGUGUUGUUUUCCUUGCUGCUUGUGGUGAUUUGUUACUGUUCUUGCGGCUCUUUAUAUUAUAUUUAAAGUGUAAUAAAGCUGGUUUCACCUUAAUUAACAUAGCUGCGGUUUUCUUUUUGUUUUGA